GGGUGGCUUUCGGACCUCCGUAUCUCUAAAUUGCUUUCAAAUCGGCGAAAAUGUUAUGUUCCGUCUGUAUUAAUUUUGACGUGAGAGCUCUCCUUUUGAAGGCCGAAGGUCAAACACCCAGACGUUACAACACUCCUACAACGGGAGACGCGUUUGAGUCUCUUCGACCAGCGAUUCCUCACUUCUUCAAACAACAUCCAAAUCUACUGUCGCUUCGGACCUCGGCUGCCGAGUGCGACCUCUGCAAUCACAUAUGGCAGGCUUAUGUCAGGAUUUCUCAGCCAAUUGAACUCACUGAUGAAUACCUGUGCCAAGGCACCAACGCAAGUCAGAUAUUCAUAGGGACUCAGACUUGGGACGCCACACUUCACGGCUUACCUCAUCUUGCCGCCAUUCAGAACGGAGAAAAGGGGGUGGCGCGUAUAUUAGCCCUUUUCGAGGUAUGCGCGUUGAGAGGUCGCAAACCAUCGGAUCACCCGAAUCUUCUUGCCAGAUCCAUUUAUAACAAUUCUGGGUCCGAUGAAUGCCUAAAAUUAGCUGGCAAACUGCUUGCCAACUGUUUUAAUAAGCAUAAAUCAUGUACUUCUCGGUAUCCCAUAUCAGCGGAACUUCCAACGAGGAUCAUCGACACCGAAAGCGCGAACCCUAAGCUGGUUGAUGGUAAAGGGCGAUGUGGGACCUUCGUCGCGCUUUCGUACUGCUGGGGCGGUGAUUCCGACUUCAAGCUCACAGCAGCAUCAGAACAGUCAUUUCGCGAAGGCCGACCUCUUGGCGAAUUUCCUGCUACGUUACGCGAUGCUAUCCAUGUUGCUAAGGCGCUUGGCGUCCGCUACAUUUGGAUUGACGCGUUAUGUAUUAUCCAAGACUCCGCCGAAGACUGGGCCCAGGAGGCUAGUCGGAUGCGUGAGGUUUACAAAGGGGCAGCCCUCACGAUAGCGGCGGCGUGCGCAUCUAAAACGAGCGAAGGGAUCUUUCGGGAGCGGUCCAUACCGCCAAAUGAUUCCAGAUGCUGGCUCGACUGGAGAAAUGGAAACGAGAUCCCGACGAAAGUAUUCCUGCGACCUGGGUCCGAACUAUGGGACGAAAGGAUGCAUCAAAGUGUCCUGAACACUAGAAGCUGGGUCCUACAAGAAACUCUUCUGGCGCCCCGGACUCUGUGGUUCGGUCAACAGCAACUAUGUUUUGAGUGCCCGAAGGGAAGCGUAGAUGAAGCGGGGCGAACCAUCAGGAUAACAGAAAUAUACCGCAGCAAAGAGUUUAUGCAACUUCUCCGCCAAGAAGUCUUGCCAGAUUGGAAAAGGCGACUACUCACCUAUCUACGAGAGCGAGACCUUCGUCUCGCGAUCAUAUAUCCGGAACCUUCAUUGUCAAAUAUCCUGCGGGCUAGGGACUUGUGGACCCUGCUCAAUAGGUCCUUCGUUUGGAGGCCAUUCACAUUGCAAGGUUACUUCAAAGCUCCGGCGGACCCUAUGGGAAUGUCACAUUUCGGUUUUUGGGUUAAGGUAAUAGAAAACUAUUCGGCCCGACAACUCACCAAUCAGGGCGAUACUCUUCCGGCGUUAUCUGGGCUUGCUGGAGAAUUCUAUACAGCCACAGGCGAUACUUACGUCGCUGGACUCUGGAAGUUGGACUUAAUACAAGGUCUAAGCUGGACAAGGUUGCCCCUUAAAAAACAACUUCCGAAUAAAUUUGCGGACGACAAGAAAUAUCUAGCACCAUCAUGGAGCUGGGCAUGCCUCCCCGGGCGCAAGGUUCUUUUUAUGGAUCUCACGCAAUACGAUCAUGUCAAACGUUUUGCCAAGCUCAUAGACAUGAACAUUCAGCUCUCCACUCACGAUCCCUUCGGCGCUGUUAAAGGCGGCUACAUAACUCUCCAAGGCCCGUUUCUCGAAUUGGAUUCACCUGAUCUUCUCAGCGAUUCCCAGCCAGCUUUACCUUUUCCGAAGUUGUUGAAUUGGAUCUACCGCAGGUUGAAAUAUGGCGGGAAUAAUGAGUAUCAACAGAAACAUAAAAGUUAUCCCGGACAAAAAUUUGCACUUUUGAAACUGAUCCAAGGACGAAGAGUCAUGAUAAAGACUGCCGAAAACCUAUGUUUCCUUGUUCUAGAGAGUGUUGAAGGCACUGAUAGCUGGAGGCGGGUAGAACGUCUCAUUUUCACGGUUGCGGAAAAUAGGGCUAACGAGGGCGCGGAAUUGGUUGAAGCGCUGGAAGUUUUAGCAGAAUUCAGGGAUGCCUUAAAAACAAAUGCCGUGAAAAUCAUUUAAGAUAGAUGUGGCUAUUUAGAAGAAACAUUGAUACGAGAUGGGCGAUGUUAAUUGUUUUGGCAGCGUUUGACUAAGAGCUUCAGCGACCCCUAUAUGUUUAUUUGUCUCUACUGGGUUGACUCAAGCAUUUCACGGAGUCAAUGUAGUUGAGGGGGAGAUCUUGAUCAUUGUUCAUAGUACAGUGAUAUGCACUGUUAUCACCCUGUCCAACACAACCCUUAAAAUGCCCAAAUAUCCCUUAUAACAAUCUUCCAUAAUCAGUUUCUCAU